AUGGAACUACCAGUCACUGAACAUGUUAUGCUUAGUUUUGCACUAAAUCCAGUAGAAGACACAGUCAAAGCUAGCCUACAAGGUCCUGCCUCAGGUGAUUCGAGUCUAACGGAUAAAGAGCAAGGCUUGGACAGAGGAUCCAAGGGCCAGAUUCCCACUUUCAGCAGCUUUGUUUCGACAGUUACCCAGAAGAAAGAAGCCGCUGAGAACAGAAGCUCCCCUCCCCAUCUGGCUCUCCCUAACAUCAGGAAUGUGAGAGACCUACCACCACUUUGUCUUGAUGUUAGACAGAAACAGCGGAUGUCUGUGGAUGCAUUACCAUCUGAAGUGAAGGUCCCAGCCCUUCCAGAACCUACCCUUCCUAGCCAGCCCAAAAGUGUGAAAGACUUUGAGGAAGAUUUAGAAAAAGCUGAAUCAACAGGAAAUUGGAAAUCAGUACAUGCUUUUUAUAUAACAGCAUUUGAUUCCUUCACAGAAUUAAAUGCUGCGUUUAAGAAAGAUGUCACUGCCUCAUUUAAUACAAUUGAGGACUCUGGGGUUAAUGCUAAUUUGGUGAAUGCUGUAUUUGAUGCCUUACUUAACACUCCUCAAGAUAUUCAGAAGUCUGUAUUGAAGGGAAUCAUUAACAGCCUAUUACGAGAAUGGAAAGGCCCUCGAACAAAAGAUGAUCUUAGAGCAUAUUUUAUAUUGUUACAGAAUCCUCAAUUUAAUAUCACAUCUACAUACGUCAUCUAUGCUCAUUUGCUACGACAGAUAGCUACCCUAGUGGAAGCUGACCACCAUUUCCUAGUUCACUGGCUUAAAAAAUUAUCCCAGAAGAAAUUCAAACAGCUGGUAGAGAGGUUGCUACAGUUUGUUUCUCUGCGUCUGUUUCCUGCGAAGCCAGAAGAGUUCCCACCUCUGACAAAGUGUUCCUGGUGGAUCCCAUCAGCCUCCAAAGUGCUGGCUUUGCUCAAUACUGCCAACAAUUUGGUUCAUCCUCCCCUUAUUCCUUACACUGAUUUCUAUAAUUCUACCUUGGAUCACAUUGAUCUCAUGGAAGAGUAUCAUACUUGGCAGAGCUUUGGAAAUUCUCACAGGUUUUCCUUCUGUCAGUACCCAUUCGUUAUUUCUAUAACUGCAAAAAAAGUCAUUAUUCAGAGAGACUCAGAACAACAGAUGAUAAGCAUCGCAAGGCAAAGUCUGGUGGAUAAAGUAUCUCGAAGACAAAGACCUGACAUGAAUAUGUUAUUCCUAAAUAUGAAAGUAAGGCGGACACAUCUGGUUAGCGACUCACUUGAUGAGUUAACCCGGAAAAGAGCAGACUUGAAGAAGAAGUUGAAAGUUACAUUUGUAGGUGAAGCUGGAUUGGAUAUGGGUGGCUUGACUAAAGAAUGGUUCCUUCUUCUAAUUCGCCAGAUUUUCCAUCCAGAUUAUGGCAUGUUUACAUACCACAAGGAUUCACACUGCCAUUGGUUUAGCAGCUUUAAAUGUGAUAACUAUUCUGAAUUCCGAUUGGUUGGAAUUCUCAUGGGACUAGCUGUUUAUAACAGCAUCACCUUGGAUAUUCGUUUUCCUCCCUGCUGUUACAAGAAAUUACUGAGCCCUCCCACCGUACCUAGUGAUCAAAAUACACCAGUAGGCAUCUGCAGUGUUACCAUUGAUGACUUGUGUCAGAUUAUGCCUGAAUUGGCCCAUGGAUUAAAGGAACUCUUAUCCUACGAAGGCAAUGUUGAAGAAGAUUUCUAUUCAACAUUCCAGGUUUUUCAAGAAGAAUUUGGAAUAAUUAAGUCCUAUAACUUAAAGCCAGGGGGUGAUAAGAUUCCAGUUACCAAUCAGAAUAGAAGAGAAUAUGUACAGCUUUAUACAGACUUCCUUUUGAACAAAUCUAUCUAUAAGCAAUUUGCUGCAUUUUAUUGUGGAUUCCAUAGUGUGUGUGCUUCAAAUGCCCUAAUGCUACUUCGUCCAGAAGAGGUUGAGAUUCUGGUGUGUGGCAGCCCUGAGCUGGAUAUGCAUGCUCUGCAGAGGAGCACUCAGUACGACGGCUAUGCGAAGACCGACCUGACCAUACGAUACUUUUGGGAUGUUGUACUUGGAUUUCCUCUUGAUCUUCAGAAGAAGUUGCUACAUUUUACUACAGGAAGUGACAGAGUACCUGUGGGAGGGAUGGCUGAUUUGAACUUUAAAAUUUCAAAGAAUGAAACUUCUACUAACUGGUUACCUGUGGCGCACACUUGCUUCAAUCAACUCUGCCUUCCCCCAUACAAGAGCAAAAAAGAUCUGAAACAGAAGCUGAUCAUUGGAAUCUCAAACUCAGAAGGUUUUGGACUUGAGUAACCUAGAAGACUUGAAAUACAGUAUUUUAUAUGUAGCAUUCACUUCCCUCUUCUCGUGCCUUUAACAUUUUCAUGUUUCUGUUUCAAAACACUUUCACAAAGCUCACCACUUUUAAAAUAUGAGGGUUUUUUUUUACUCAAAUACAAAAUAUGUGUAGUGAAGGCAUGAUUUAAAAAAAACAGAAAUUUAUUAAUAGGUAAGGAAAGCAUAUGGGAGAAACAGGCCUGGGUCCAGUGCUCAUUUUUAUAGCAUUUUGUUGUUUUCCAUACAUAGUUAGUCACAGGUGUCCACUGGGAAAGCCACGUGCAGUCGAGAGGGCAUUAGGACGUGAUGGAGCCCAGUGCAGUCGAGAGGGCAUUAGGACGUGAUGGAGCCCAGUGCAGUCGAGAGGGCAUUAGGACGUGAUGGAGCCCAGUGCAGUCGAGAGGGCAUUAGGACGUGAUGGAGCCCAGUGGCAGGUGUGUGCUGUCAGCACUGCAGCAAAGCAGAUAGCUAGCUACAUUGUCUUUACCAUAAAGCAUGUAGCCAUAUUUUCAUACAAAGGUAAACAAGAGUAUAAUUGCAAACGCAGUUUACAGGGUCUUUUGAUACAUUGGUUUGGGGUCCUAUAACGUCUUUUCAGUGCUGCUGAAAAGCAUGUAAAUAACUACAUACAGCCUAGGAAUCACAGGAUUUUGAUAGUGCCAUUUAUUGCUAAAGAUUUAUUUUUACAAAGUAAAUUUAGGGUUUUAGAUGUGUAUACAGCUUUUACAAAUCAAUAAAGAUGAUUGUACAAGAGUAUUUUCAGACCAA